UGAAGCCCUGAUCUUAUUAAGAUCUAAAUGGAAAAUCAUAAAUAGUAUGUUUGUAUAUAUAUACGUGCAAGAAAGAUUGUAUAUUUAAUGUUGGUUAUCUGUGACAGCAAUAGGGCUCGGCAGAAUUGGGGUUUCAAAGUUUUGAAGGACAGAAAAAUGGAGAGAUUUUGUGAGUUCUGCUUGGCAUUGAGGCCAGUUGUGUACUGUAAAGCCGAUGCAGCACAUCUUUGCCUUUCCUGCGAUGCGAAGGUCCAUUCGGCAAACACACUCUUUAACCGGCAUAUGCGCAGUAUCUUGUGUGAUUCGUGCAGAGACCCGGCUUAUAUUCAGUGUUUGGAUCACAAGAUGUUUAUGUGCUGUGCCUGCGAGAGUGCUUUGCACAUGAUCGCUUCCCAACAUCAGAAAAAGGCAAUCAGCAGUUACACAGAACAAAUUGACCUAUCUUCCUCAGUACUUCAGACAUCAAAGAGGCUCAAUGUUCAUCUUGAUCAGCGUUUACAACAUUCCCAGAAUUCCGGCACUAAAUUUAGGCAAAGGGACAGUCUAGUUCAGGAGCUGAAAGUUGAUCAUUUAUCAUUUCCAUUUUCUCAAAUCGAGCAUAUGCAACCAUCUUCAACUACUGGACUUCUAUUGCAUACAGAAUCCUUUUGGCAAUGCAGAAGUAUGGUUCAAAGUAAUCAGUUGUGGCCUCAAAAUAUGCAUGACAUAGGGGUUUGUAAAGAACUUGUUUGUCCUGAUGAUUUCAAUAUACCUGAUGUUGAUAUGACAUUUCAAAACUUCGAAGAAUUAUUCGGAGGUGAUCAAGAUCCUAUCAGAGCUGCAGUGCUUCAUGAUAAAGAUGUGUCAUACUCGUUGGUGGAGAAGGGCAUAUCCGUUGACAAAUCAGAUAAUGGCAAUGCAAGUGCAGUCGUGGUGUGAAUUUUGAUUUACCUUCUCUUCUGGUUUGUGGCUUAUACUCUCUUCUCGUUGCUGUUCCUAUAUGAUCAUUUGGCAGGAACAUGAUGCAUCUGAGGUUUCGUCUGUUUUCAUUAAUCGGUCACCUGACUUUGACAACGAUAAGGCUUGUAACGAACCUCAAAACCAUCAGCAGAACAUGGAUUCUCUGUGACUUCUGAUCACAAGAAGAAGUUGAUUAAACUUUUGCAUUGGAUGCA